AUGACGGCUGAAGAUGCCGGCGCCGAGUCGGACGUGCAAUCCAUUAACUCGGAUGCACCUCCGGCCUGGAAUUCGGACGACGAGCCACCCGAAGAUCACGUAGGAGAUGAGAACACCUGCAGUCGGGAUGGGGCGGUGAAGAAGUUGAUUCAGAAGGUGGGAAAAGGUCUGGAACGGCCAGGCCAAAACGACAUCGUAACAGUCCGUUUCUCCACACUUCAGCUCGAUGGCCCGUCUAUCGAGGAUGUUGCGGAUCAGAUCACGGUGGAGAUGGGGGACAACAAGCUCCCUCUUGCUGUUGAGUUUGCCGUGAAAAGCAUGCGGGUCGGAGAGGUUGCAGAGAUCCGCGCCCCAGCAGCGUACAGCAAGAUCCUGUCCCCGCUUUGUGGCCGACAGCUGCGUACCCAGCCAGGCGUGCUGCCGAAGACUGGCAAAGUGAAGCGGAAGCUGCGUUUUUUGCCGGCGGCCCCUAAGGGGCUCGCCGAGCAAGCCAAAGUCGACCUCCUGAAGUUUCGCAAGGCCAAGCAAGAAGCGGAAGCCCAGGAAGCGGAGGAAGCCGCAGCUGCGAAAGGGUCAGCUGCGGCAGCUGCGUCGCCAGCACCUGCGGCACCUCCCAUGUUUCGUGCACGGGUGGAGUUGCUGGGCUUCGAGUGCGUGCUGGCGCUGACAGAGGACCGAAGCGUUACUAAGCGCAUCCUGCAAAACGGCUCUUCCCGCCGGCGGCCUCGUCGAGGGGACGUUAUCAGCUUCUCUUACUGCCUUCUGGAAGAUGCAGGGGCGAAGAGGAGUUCACCGCGCAAAUGCGAGCUCACCCUGGGAGAGGACGAGCUGCCUUAUCCCCGGCUCGAGCAUGUCAUCUACUCGAUGAAGGAGGAUGAGUGUUGUCUGGCGCGACUUCUGUCCGGCGGAGCCGAAGAGGAGGGAAUGCCCAAUCCUCAGACGACCGAGCUGGAAGUCACUUUACUGCGCUGGCGACGCCGCGACCUUCUCCCGGUCGCGCCACCUGGAGAAGCAGUGCAGGCAGAGGACACAGGGAAUGUCUCAGCAGAUUCGGCACUUCAGAAGACAGAGAUCCGCCAGGGACCAGAGCGGCGAUUUCACGACAUCGAGGCUGGCAGCAUGGUCUUGGUCGCCUUUCGGGAUCCAGGCCAGAGCAAGGGGACGCUCCUCUCUUGGCGCGUCGGAGAAGGGGUCGUCCCUGGUUACAUUGAAGUUGCCGUGGCAAGCAUGCGCCUAUGUGAGAGCGCCGACUUCAAAGCCCCUGUUGCGGUGCAGCUUUGCCGUCCGACAGGGCCAUCCUACGAAGGCCAGACGCCAUUGCGGAGGCUGGAGGUCCUUGAGCUCUGCCCGCUGCUGGAUGAGCUCCUUGCUGAUGAAGGAGUGCCUGCCGCCGCUGACACCGACGGAGCAGGCAGUCCCUCAAGCCAGCCUUACCAUCUUCCUUCAGACUGGCCCGUACAGGGACAGACGGCAGCGUGGGCAGACCUGAAGCUCGUCGACGACAGCGGUGGUUUCAGACUGGCACUCCUGGCAGCGACGGAAGCUGUUGAUCUGUGCUUGCUGGAGGAGGAAGGACAGCUUCACUUCCUGGAGCUGGAGAGGGCACACGGCAAUGCUCUGGCGCGGGAGAACCGCUACGAAGAAGCCUCCGAAGCAUACAAACGGGCGCUUGAUGCCGUGCGGCGGAGUCCGAUGUACAAGGCGAUCCUGCUCCUCCUGCUCUUUUCGAAAGGACCCUUUCUGCCCUCUACUAGAUCGGCAUCACAGGAUUUGCUCCGCCUUAGGCAAGCUCUUCGGACUGCUUCUUGA